CUUGAGGUUAGCCGUUUCCUCCAGAGCUCUUGGACAGCAGACCGCUAAACCAAACUAUGGUCAGUACGGGAUCCCUCGAGCCUCAGCAAGUCCUACUGUUCUGUAGAGGGGGAAAGUCCAGCAGCGUUCCUCCGAGCCAGAAAGGAAACCUAGAAGCUGUAUGUAUCAAGGAGGAGCCUACUAGUGUCUACAUGGAGAACCUGGUGAAGGUAUUUGCCACGGGAAGAAGCUGGAGCUUCUACGAGGGACAGAUCCCGUCCUUCCUGGGACCCAACGGAGGCGGGAAAAGCAGCACCAUGCUGAUUUCCCCUUUUGAAUGACUCUCGAUGGUAAAGUUUGCUGCCCCUGAUCUAAAUGAUGUGGUCCCCUGCAGCUUCAUCCUGACGGUCUGUUCCCUCCGACCUCUGGUACCGUCUACAUCCUGGGCAGAGACCUCUGGACCCACCUGAGCGCCAUCAAAGUCUGUGAGUCUGUCCUCAACACAUCCUCUUAAGCAUGUGAGUCCGAACACAUGUAUUUAUUUCCUCCUCAUCUGACAAACCGCUGACCACAGACUGAAAAAGGUGUUUGUAGACUGCCGUUUAGAAGCCUGCUUCACUUAACUGUUUUAUCCUUGGAAGAAAUGGUUGAACUGCUGCUUCUUCAGCAUUCUCUGCAUUAUUUUUUUAUUUUAAAUUUUUUUUACCUGGCAUUUUGGAAGAAAAGAGGCCAAACAUGGGUUUGAAUACAACACAGCUGCUUGCUCGUUGGUCAAAGUGAGCAUUAUAUUGGGGGGGGGGGGUUGUUGCUAGAAAGGAUACAGCUACAGCCGGAAGUUAAGCACUACCUAACAUAGUAGUUAGAUUCUAUUUGUUCCUCGGGAGUGUUUUAAUCCAGACCGACAUCUUUUUCCUUAAUUUAACCUUUUGUCUAGCCACCACACGUGAGCGGUUUACGGACAAAAACUUUCUUUCCGUUUUCGUGGGACUCUGGGUUGAAGAUCUACAAGUCGUAAUGUAGAACUUGACGCUACAAAAGAAGUGUUGUACCUUAUUGCUCAGCUUUUAAACAGGUUAGCAGUUUCCACUGAAAGAUGGCUUCAUGGUCAGAAACUCAUUUAUCCGGUUAUUCGCACACCACAUGGUCUCAGUUCAGAAAUUAUGGACAGUUUGAUUUAACGGGAGUCUGUCCUCGGAAUACCGACUUAACUCGAUCUGCACCCAAAAAGUACCGAAUUCGGUACUGCGCCGACUCUCUUGGUUUCUGUAUAGGUAAAUGGCUGCUGCUCUGUCCCUGCAGGCUGAAGAGCGGAUUCCCUUUGGAGUCCGUUGGGGGGUGGUGGUGUAGUGUUGUGGCGACGUGGUUAGUGUCAGCUGCUUCCGGGCAGCUGUCUCGGGAGCACGUCAGCGGGUUUUUUUGUGGGGUUGCCUGCGUGCAGGCGGCCUUGCUAGUCCGCUGGGUUUCAGUGCGUAAAUACCCGCUGCAAGCCACAUGAAGACUAGGGGGGAGUUUAGCUAGUUGGUGUUGAGGCAGUUAGAGGGACGGGGCUGCAGUAAUGCUUUCGCUGGACUGUUGAGCUCUGCCACUUCCUCCGUGGUCUGGUGUCAAACGCGUCGGGAACGCCUCGCUGUACGUACACACCGCCGCCGACUUGAGCUUCUAAAGUUACCGGAAGUCAUUAAUUUUCAACGGAAGCUGGCUUCUCUCAGCUGCAAGGAGCAGCAAGUCUGUCGCGUUUUUGGGCGUUUUGAGCGACCAGAGCGUCGAUCAGAAAGUUGAAAGUAUGUCAACUUUAUGGUAAUGAGCUAUGACGCGGUGCAGCGGCAAACGCCAGCAACCAAUCGGAAUGCAGACGUCCUUCGCGCUGGCUGAUUCCGGAGAAACAUACGCUGUAAACUUUUGUUCCUACCAAAACAUUAGUUCUGAGAAAAUGGAGGAAAAGCUCAUAAUCGCAGUUGCUGGGUUCCCUAUCAUUUAUGAUAUGAGGUUGUUUGCGU